AAUCACAAUCUUUGGAAAGUAUAAUUAUUCCUGAAGAUAUGAAAAAAACUUUAAAUGAUGCUGAUUUUUUAGUUAAAGAUUCAACUAUUGAUGAUGAAAGGAUACUAAUGUUUACAACUUUUACUAACACUAAUU